UUCCGGAUUUGGCGAGCACUGCGCCAAAAGCCCCAGAGCCUUUGUGCUCAGGGUGAAGAGAAAGACGCUGAAGUCGGAGCCUAGGGCAGUGCAGACCUCUCGCGCCAUGCGGUACCUACCGUGCCUGUUGCUUUGGGUGUUCUCGAGGGUCUGGGGACAAUCUGAAGGACAGCAAGAGAAUUUCCCCUUCCGCUGCCUGCAGAUCUCUUCCUUCGCCAACAGUAGCUGCUCACGCACGGAUGGCUUGGCCUGGCUGGGGGAUCUGCAAACGCACCGUUGGAGUAAUGACUCAGACACCAUCAGCUUCGUGAAGCCAUGGUCCCAGGGCAAAUUCAGUCACCAACAGUGGGAGAAGCUGCAGCGUUUAUUUCAAGUGUAUCGAACCAGCUUUACCAGGGACAUACAGGAAUUAGUCAAAAUGGUGUCUAUCCUACACUAUCCCAUUGAGGUCCAGUUGUCUGCUGGGUGUGAAGUGUACUCUGGGAACGCUUCGGAGAGCUUUCUCCAUGUAGCGUUUCAAGGAGAACAUGUGCUGAGUUUUCAGGGAACUUCCUUUCAGAAGGCCCCAGAGGCCCCACCUUGGAUGGAGUUGGUCAUUAGAGUGCUCAACGGUGAUCAAGGGACAAGAGAAACGAUUCAGCAGCUUCUGAAUGACACCUGCCCCCAGCUUGUCCGUGGUCUCCUAGAGGCAGGGAAGCCAGAACUGGAGAAGCAAGAGACGCCUGGGGCCUGGUUGUCCAAGGGCCUCAGUCCUAGACCUGGCCAUGAGCAGCUGCUAUGUCAUGUCUCUGGAUUCCACCCAAAGCCUGUGUGGGUGAUGUGGAUGAAGGGCAAGCAAGAGCAAAAGAGUACUCGGAGAGGUGACAUCCUGCCCAAUGCUGAUGGGACAUGGUAUCUCCGAGCAACCCUGGAUGUGGAAGCUGGAGAGGUAGCUGGCCUGGCCUGCUGGGUGAAACAUAGCAGUCUAAAAGGGCAGGUCAUGAUCCUCGACUGGGCAGGGGGCAGGCAAUUGUCUGCGGGUGCUAUCUUCGGGAUCACGGCAGGGGUACUGUUUCUUCUGUCCUGUCCUGUGCUCUACUGCGUCUGGAAGCACCGCCGCCGCCUCUGCCACUUCUAUCAAGACAUCCUGUAGCAGCUCUUCCUGACACCUGUCUCUCCUGAGACUCAGACCUUCCAGCUUCUAAGACGUUGGUCCUCGCCCGCUCAGGAACUGAAGAUGAAAGGGGAAAAAAACCUUGAAAAAGUGAAGAGCAACCAGCACACCCUUUCAACAUUGAUUUCAAAGAAAUGAACUUAUUUUUCAUUGUCUCGCAAGUUUAUAAGCCCAGGUGGUUUGGAACAAACACGACUACAAAUGCACCUACCUGCCGAGGAGAGCAAGCUGUGGGCAGUGUUUUAUGGGAUUUGAACUGAACCGGAAAGCACACAUCCUGCCCAAAUGGAUACUUCGGGGUUUGUUGGCAAAUGUCCAACGCCGACACGGCUGAACUCUGCAGUUUUCAAGAAAACUAGAAAUAUGGAUUUGAGGGUCGGGGGGUAACAUACAGAUCUUAAAAAGUAAACUCAAAUAUUUGCAAAUAUUGGCACUGUUUGAUAUCUUAGAUCCAUGCCUGCUGAAUGUGGAUCUAAUGAUAACCCAAGGGCUCCCACUUUGUGGCUCUUUUUUAAAAAAAAGUUUGUCCUAAAUGCCAUAGUGACAAUUUUAGAACAUAGUCUCUAUUGUAAAUAUGCAUUUAUGACUGAAGGGUGUAUUCUCUUUCAAAUAAAAUUAGGAGGUCUCUUGAGGUUCUA